AUGUUGGACCGCGUUCCUCAUAUUGGAUGUGAUAUCGAAAAGAUAGCUUAUGAUAAAGUAAUGAGCAUUUUAUUGUACUUAUCACUGGCAACUGUGAUUUCAUCAUCCUAUGUUGGACUUCUCUAUGCAUUUGAUUUUCAUGGUGUUGACCGUGAUGAUCCACAGAGUAUCAAACGACGUUUGCUUGGUGCUACGGUGAAUAAUAUUAUCAGUAUUGCAUGCACAUAUGCUGUCUUGUGUAAGCAAUAUGAUUCACCGUUAUCAGUGAUGGGAAUACAUUCCCGAGGUAUCUAUCCAGCAUGUUUAUUACCAACGUUACUAACGUGUAUUUGUUAUUUGGAUGUGAAUGAAUUAAAGCGAAAUGCUGGAAAUAUUUUAUGGAUUCGAGAUGUUUUAUUGGCACCAGUUACAGAAGAAUUAGCAUUUCGUGCUUGCGCAUCAACCUUAAUGUUGCAAUGUUUAUCAUCAACUGCAACAAUAUUUGUUGCACCAUUACCCUUUGCACUUAGUCAUCUUCAUCAUAUUUUUGAUGAUAUGAAGAAAGGUUAUACCAAAUAUGAAGCAAUCAGUCGAAGAGGUCAUAUAUUAGCACCGAUUGUAAGCCAUUCAAUUUGUAACAAUAUGGGUUUACCACUUUUGCCACUUAUCGAAGCAUAUCCGAAACGUUCAACGCGUGCCCUUCUUUGGUUUUCUUAUCUUCUUGGUUUUAUAUUAUGGUUGUGGCUGUUAAAACCUCUCACUGAUUCGAAAUUUUAUAAAUGA